AUGAAUAUAAUUGUUGCAAAUAUUUUUGCACUACUUUUGUGCCUAAAUUACGCCAAAACCGAUGAUAACCUUAUUAUCACAGUUCGCACCAAAAACGGGUUAAUCAACGGCCGCACCGACACUUUCGACGGCAAACACUAUAACCAGUUUUUAGGCAUUCCUUAUGCCGAACCGCCUACCGGUGACUUACGCUUCAAAAAGCCGGUGCCUAUCAAACCUUGGUCUGAGCACCUGGAGGUCAGCCAAUGGCCGGCGCCCUGUUAUCAAAGCUAUUCAAAAAAUUUCCGAAAUACAAACUUCAGCGAAGACUGUCUAUAUUUGAAUGUAUGGGCGCCGGUAGAUACAAAUGCUGAGGUUGUGGACAGGGAUCAGCCUAAAGCUGUCAUGGUUUGGAUACAUGGAGGAGCUCUCAUAGUAGGCUCGACUGUCGAAAACUACUAUAGCGGACAUGUAUUGGCCACUAAAGGGGAUGUAGUGGUCGUAACCAUCGGUUAUAGGAACUGUACUUAA